AUGGAAAAAAGAAGGAUGUGCCAGAAAACGGAAAGAGGACCUUACGGAGUAGACUGGAUAAAGGUUACAAUUGAUUACCUGAAAAUUGACAUAGAGAGCUGGGAAUGGGAGUCCAUGGACACAGCCCUUAAUGAUGGUUCUCUGAAAAAAGUUAAACAGAUUGGAAUUGAAUUCCAUAGAACUGGUUCCAUUACAAAAAGUUACUAUUUAGAAAAAUUAAAUUUUUUCUCUCGUCUCCACAAUGCUGGAUUUCGAAAAUGGCAUACCCACUUGAACGCCGAGGCAAGCAGACUUGCCUGUAAAGCCAAGCAACAAUUUAGAAAAUUGUUUCCAAAAGACUACGUCACUGUUUCACGCUGUUACCAAGUGAUUUGA